GGUCCUCACUGACCACGAGAGCCAAGUGACGGACGGACAAAGCAACACUCUCUCUCGCACUCUCCCUCUCCCUCGCUCUCGCUCUCUCUCUCUCUCUUUAGUUCUUUUCCCGCGGUCUCACCGAAGGCAGGAGCGAACGAGCGAACGAGAGCGCAACGCGCGGCUGCCAUUCUGCUUCUGCCGCGGAAGACGUUGUCGCUGCUAUCGGUGCUCGUCGUCUGCUCUGCGAGUUUGGCAUCGCGCAUUGCGCGCCAAGCAAGCGGCGGCCAUAGCCCAUUCUCGGCGAGCUUCAACCCUACGAGGCGUCUCGUUAAGCUGCUGCCUGGCCUGCGCGAGAGAGAGAUUGAGAGAUUGUGGGAGAGCGAGCGAGCGAGCGAGCUGCAUCUGGCCCGUCCGCUCGGCUCGGCUUGUCGUUUUGGUUUGUUGCUGCGCAUCGACCUCGGGCGGUGGCGACCUCUUUGAGCAGAUUGGCGACGGAGGAGUGGGAGGGAGAGGAGAGCUGCGUAGAGUAGAAAUACCGCGUCCAGGGGUCGGAGCAGGGCCAUUAGUCUGUCGAUUGGGAGCCGUACAUUGCUUGCCUCCCGCCGCGAGGAGGAGGAGGAGGAGCUUGGGGGCGUCGGGUUUCUUCGUGGCAAGGGAGGGAGCGAGGGAAGGAGGUGGGGCUCGUCGGAUGAAGAAGGUUUGCGGGAAGGGGCCGGAUAGGAAAGAAGCAGAUCUGUGAGCGGAUGCUGUACGGUUCUUGUAGGGCAUAGAGGACGGAGGAAGACUGGUAGGGAUCGGCUUCGUAUGUCGGGCUCGAUUCGAGUGGGAGGAGGAAGAGGACGCAUGGACCGCCGCGUAGAGAUAUGAUGUGUGUGUGACGCGGCAGGUGUGUAAAUCAGGUGCGGCCGGGGAUUGUAGCGUGGGGGUGGCGGACGAUUGCCCGGUGCUCUUGGGAUCCACAUCGCAGUUCGCAGCGGCUUCGAUCGACAGAAAUCCUUCUCCAGCGGCGCCAUGUCCCCCAGGAAGACAUCGAGCCCGCCCAAGAAAGUCGUUUGUCAUAAUGAAUCGAAAGAAUCGGAGGACAAGCCUUCUCUUGAGCAGGACUCGGCUUCUACGAAAGACGAUUCCGUCGCCGAGUUACCGAUUCCUUGGAGGACCAGCAGGCGCUUGCAAGAAGCCACUUAUCGUUUGAUUCAAGAGCGGGAUGGAGGACACGCUAUCAAUUCGGUAGCAGCUUCUAAACAUAAACACUCACAGGGAUUCCCUUCACAGGUGGGGAAAUCCUCCAAGCGAGAGCUCUCGACGUCCGAUUCGGAUGCGGAGGGCAGCGAGCUAACCGACGAGAGGAAAGAGGAAAAGAAACCUGCGGCAGAACCCAGAAAGAAACGGAAGAGCGUGCACUUUAGUGACCCUCUCGUGGUUUACAUAGAUGACAAAAAGCAAUCCGCGGCAUCGCCGAGCAAGACUUCUCCGAGGAAAUCCGAGCAAGGAGACGUCGCUCAACCGACCGCGAACAGUCCGCCCAAGCAGAUCAUGUCGUGCUUCGACCUCCUUUGUAAUCACGUCGGACCUAAAGGCUGGAGGUGUUACAGGUCAUGUACCGAAGGGACUUCUUUCUGCAACUAUCAUCAGACUUCCAACGCAUCCAUAGUUAGAAUCUCCGUUUGUACCUGAUGGCUCGGAAUAGCAGAGUCUUAUCUGUACAGAAGGCGACCUAGUUGUAGAUAAAUCAGUCACAGUAAUUCAUUGAUUGCACACAUUUCUUGGUCACUUCGAAUCCAAAUGUCGUCAUUAUUGAUGGAAAAAAUUCUCGAAGAGUGACCCUCUCAAAUCGUGUCGUUCAAUUUACUUGUACCUUCUGUACCUUGUCUACUUUUCCAAGAGAAAGAAAGAAAGUUUGUACUCUCGAUUGCAGCUGCAAUUUGGAGCUUG